AAAUUAAAUUUCAUUUCACUUGCGUUGAGUUUCGUAUAAUGGUGAAGAGUAAAUUACGCCUAUUCAUUGGCGCUUUGAUAUUGAUUGUCAGCCUUAUAGAGGAUACUCAAGCAGAAGCUCGCAAUGAGAGUAACUUUCUGGAAGUAUCUUUGAGAUACUUUGAUGAACAGCUGCUAUACGAUAUAUUGCCACGUGCCACAUGUCCGGGCGAGGAUGAGGCGUCACCGUUAGAUGAUUUUGCUGAAAUAUUUACAGUGGAGCAAUUGCGUCAGGGCUGGGUUGUACUCCAUGUCUUUGCUGCCAUCUACUUCUUCAUCCUGUUGGCCAUAAUUUGCAAUGAUUAUUUUCUACCCACCGUGGAAUGCAUUUGCGAGGAUCUGCAUUUGUCCAAGGAUGUGGCAGCGGCUACAUUUAUGGCCACAGCCACAUCGAUGCCCGAAUUCUUUACGAAUACGAUCAGUACAUUGAUUUUGGAUUCUGAUAUGGGUCUUGGUACAAUUAUCGGUUCUUUGAUGUUCAAUACAUUGGGCGUGGCCGGACUGGCAGCUCUGGCAAUCGAUAAGCCAGUGCAAUUGGAUUGGUGGCCCAUAGCUCGAGAUUGCUUCAUUUACAUCUUCAAUACGAUUAUUCUGCUCGUUCUGGCAUGGGGUGGGAGUAUUAGUUUUGUGGAAUCUUGCAUUAUGAUGGGUUUUCUGGUGCUCUACUAUCUGAUUACAUUUAACAACAAUAAAUUUAUGCCAGCCAUACGUGUAUUCAUUGAGGAUCGCAUGAACUGUUGCUUCUCCACAAGAUACGAUCUCACAGAGCCGCCAGAGAACAGUGCCAAGGCUCAGUUGCCAUUGAAAAAGGAUCCGCUAUCCGGUGAUGGACUAUUUGUUGUCAAUUUGCCCGAGAAUACUUCAUCCAUGUCAUCGACAGCCAAUCUAACACACUCAAAGAAUUGGAACGGUGAGGAUGAGGAAGAAGAUGAGGGUCCACAAAGUAUUUACGCCUAUCCGCAUGAUGCUUCAAGUUUCAUGAAAUUCUGGUGGAUCUUUACAUUUCCCAUCAAAUUCGUAUUAUCCUGGCUUAUACCCCAUCCCAUGAAACAUCGCCGUUUGUAUCCAUUGUCGUUUAUUAUGUGCAUCCUAUGCAUUGGUGGUAAUGCCUAUCUAAUUGUCUGGAUGUUAACGGCCUUUGGUGUCGCUAUCCAUGUGCCCACCAUAGUGAUGGGCUUAACUUUUUUGGCUGCCGGCUCAACCAUGCCAGAAGCCGUCUCCAGUCUGAUCUCUCUGAGAAAUGGUGAAAGCGGCAUUGGUGUCUCCAAUUCAUUGGGGGCCAACUCAUUGGCCAUUCUAUUGUCUUUGGGUGUGCCAUGGUUUAUCAAGAAUUGCAUACACUAUAGCAGCGGUGAGCCCCAACAGGUUGGCACCCAGGGCAUUGAGUAUAAUAUCCUUAUAUUGAUACUCUCCACAAUUGCCCUGUUCAUAAUACUCAGUUUCAGUGGCUAUCGUCUAACGAAACGUGUGGGCAUUGCCCUAUUCACUGUCUAUACGGUAUUUAUAGUGCUACAGAUAUUGAUCGAGAUGAAUGUGUUCUUCCCAUUGGAUUGUUCUAGCUAAUUCAUAAUAUAUCUGGCUGGUUACCAGAUAUCAACGAUAUGAUUCUAGUAUAGUCUUUAAUUUUUUGUUUGCUUGAGUUUUGGAAGACUGCAUAAUUGGAAAAACAAAAAAAAGAAAUGUGAAAAGUCCAAAGAGAAGAGAAUACUAUUUAUUUUCCAUCGAUCCUCCCUCCCCUCCCGCUCAAGUCUAGCUAUAGUUAUUUGUGUGAAAUUGAACUAGAACCAAAGUUAUAUAAUAUGUGUAUUAGAGAUAAUAUAUUAAGUGCCCUGCGAUAUUUAUACACAUAGUCCGUAUACAAAAAAAAAAAUGUAUAUACAUAUAUGUAUAUGUAUAUAUGGACUUUCCUUAAAUUAGAUACGAUACGAUGUUGUACAUAUGUAUAUAUACUUAUACCGAGGAGCAUUAUCAUCAUCUUGUUGAUAUUCCAUAGAAACUAUUAUUACCUAAUAUAUACCUAGUAUAUGUAUAUGUAUUGCUAAAUAUUUACAGUUUGAUACCAUUGUUAUUAAUUUAUAA